UUGAGUUCUUUUUUCUGUUUAUUUUGUAACCCCCCCCCCCCCCAACAUCACUACUGUUUCUAUCAGAUUAUUUAUAAACACAUAAAACUUGAUGCUAAUAGUGUUGACAUACCUCUGCUGCCAAUGUGUCAAGUGCUUUUAGACAUUUAACUUGGCUGUGAGCUUGAGCCUAUUUGGAUACAUGGUGUUAAAUUGGAUAUAAACGUAAACACCUUUAAUGAAAAAGCAGAGUUGUGGCUUAUAAACUUAGACAGUUUUCUAUCAUUCAGAAAAAGUGAAAAUAAAUGAAAAUGAUGUUUCAUAGGUAUGCAUACCCUUUUAUAAUAAAUGCUGUAGCUAACAAGUUGCAGUUGCAUUCAACAUUAUGUCUAGGUGUAAGUAGUAUAGAUAUCUUAAGUGAUUCUGUUAUCACUUAACAGAAAAUUUAAUUGAAAUUUUUUAAUUGAAAAUUCCUGAAAUGUUCCAUGUUUCAUCAUCAUUGUUGUAUAACCUUGGUCCAGAAGGAGCUGACAAAUUAUGCACUGUAUCUUGGUGUUGAAAGAUAGUAAUUAGAAGAUGAAUACAGAAGAUUAUCAAAACCAGUGAUGGUGACAGAGUUGGUGGCAGGACAAAGAGGAAACUUAACUUGAUAAGGAUGUUACGAUGAGGCCUACAGCAAUAUCAAAGAAGUAACAGGAAUUUCUGGCAGUUAGUGGUAGUAUGAAACCAAUUUAUUGUAUACAGCACAUAUCUUGGCUAUGGGGUAGGAUGGAAAAUAGAACAUCCAGGACAGUGAUUUUUCAACCAGUGUGCCGUGGCACACUAGUGUGCCGUUAGAGAUCGUCAGGUUUGCCGUGGGAUAUUAUCAGGGUGCACUGGAUUAUAAGGCGCACUGGCAAUGAAUGGUCUAUUUUUCAUAUAUAAAGCGCACCGAACUAUAAGGCGCAUCUGUCCCUAAAUGGAACACCGCUCACUACGUCAUCAUGUCUGUGACGCGAUGAUGUACAGGUUACACACACAUUUGCUCAGAUGCUAAGUUAGAAACAAUGUUAAUUAGUUGGAGUUAGUGCUGCGUGACACGUGACCGUGGCAGUUUGGGGUCACAGCAAGACAAGCGAGUGACAGUGAUGUUUUUGAGAAGGGAAAAUGCAAAUGCCGAACAGGGCCCUGGACAAAAUUAUGACCCAGAUGAAGGCCCUAGUAUGAGUGGUCGACAAAAGAAAAAAGUGAGCUCGAGGCAAUACAGCGAAAGCUAUCUUUCAUUUGGAUUCACUUUCACCGGGGAUGCAACGGCACCGACUCCGCUGUGCUUGGUGUGUGGCGAGAAGCUAUCCAAUAGCGCCAUGGUGCAAAGCAAGCUUAAACGCCAUAUCCAAACGAAAUACCCUUCCGUUCAAAACAAGCCAAUGGACUAUUUUUUUACGCUUGCAUACAAACAAUGAGAAACAGUCAAUUUUUUUGAGAAAAACCACAAAGGUAAACGAGAGAGCCCUCAAAGCUAGCUACUUUGUUGCUGAACUUGUAGCUAAAUCAAAAAAGUCCCACAUUGUGGCAGAAACAUUAAUACUGCCAGCUUGUAAAGCCAUUGUAAAUGAGAUGCUCGGCCCUGACGCGGCCAAAGAGAUAGCUAAAGUGCCUCUCUCAGAUAACACGAUUGCCAGACGUACUGAUAUGUCUGCGGAUAUCGAAACGGUUGUUUUAGAAAAGAUGCGCAUCAGUAAGAAAUUUGCCUUGCAACUUGAGUCGACGGAUAUUAGUGGACAUCGUCAGCUCUUGGCCAACACGCGUUUUGUGGAUGGAGAAGCCAUUAUAGAAAACUUCCUAUUUUGCAAGACACUGCCAGAAAAAUCAACUGGAGAGGAAAUAUUUCAGGUCACGUCGGAAUAUCUUGACAAAAGCGGGCUUACGUGGGAAAACUGCAUAGGUGUCAGCACUGAUGGAGCCGCAGCCAUGGUCGGGUGCACCAAAGGCUUCGUAAGUAGGGUCAAAGAAAAAAACCCAGAUGUUAUUGUUACACACUGUUUUUUGCACCGUGAGGCCCUUGUUGCAAAGACCUUACCAUCAGAUCUAGCUCCUGUGUUGGAUGAUGAUGUGUACAUAGUGAACUUUGUGAAGACACGACUUUUGAAAUGUUGCUUAUUUGCGUCUUUGUGUGAGGAAAUGGGAGCGGAACAUAGUCUUAUUACUCCACACAGAGGUCCGGUGGCUGUCGCGUGGCAAAGUGCUGGCCCGUGGCACACAUUUGAAAACUCUUGGGGAGAAGUUAUUUUAUUUCUCUUCAGCCUUCACAGAAUGCCUUGACUGGGUUAGGGACCCAUACGGCUCAGCAUCAGUUGCCGGAAAGGACAUGACUUUAAAGGAGCAAGAGGAACUCAUUGAACUGAAACAAGGUCGUGGUUUAAAGCUAAACUUUGCUGACCUUCCUUUGGACAGUUUUUGGUUACCUGUUGCCAAGGAGUUCCCCAUUCUGGCCAACAAAGCUAUUUUGACAUUGCUCCCGUUUUCGUCCACAUAUGUGUGAGCUGAGCUUCUCAAGCUUGCGAUAAAAACUAAAAACAGAGAGAGACUGAGAGCUGUUGAGCAAGAGCUUCGUGUGUCUUUCUACCAUUACUGCCAGGAUAUCCAUUUUGUGUUCAUCGAAACAGCCCCAGGUUUCACAUUAACAAAUUAGCACGAAGCUAACUCACCUGGUGUACCUGGGGCCUGUUGUUCUGGAAAGAUCCACUUGUGUGUUUCAAAAGUGAGUAAUGUUUUUGUUUAAAAUGUAUAUUGUUUAAACUAUACAUAAAUGAGUCUUGUUUGAGGUUUAAGGUGGUGUUAUUGUGAAACACGUUUUGUUUUCUUUCAUAGUACUGCCACUACCGUAAUACUUUGGAUAUUACUUUGAGUGUUACUUUGAGUAUUACUUUUGGUAUUACUUUGGGUAUUACUUCUGUGAAUACUUUUUGUUAUUACUUUUAUGGGCUUUGGUUAUUGAUUUUAUUUGUUUAUUGGUAAAUACAUUAAGAUUGAUCAUAGGUGAUUUGUAUAUCACGAUUUGAACCGAUAAAAAGCUGUUAUUUUGGAUAGUGAAUUUUAUUUCUGUUUUUUUCAAUUCUCAGUCUCAAACACACUUUUAGGGAAUAAAAGAACCCCAUUGUUUUUGUUGGUCCUGUGCAUCAUUUCCAACGGCCACAUUAAUAUAAAAAAUGCUUUAAACUAAUUACUGUAAUAAAUGCUAAAAUUUCAACAGUAUUUCUCUGGUUUACCAUGGCUGUGCGCGCACACACAC